AUGCAAAGGCUAGCAAGGGUGCCCUUUAGAAAUCGUGUUGUUUUAUCAGCCUGCAUCCCAGAAUCUGCUUGCUUGAAACUUUCGGCAGAUCGUACUCAUAUGUUUCCAAUGUGUUUUGCUAGUACUGCACAUCGCCUUAGUGGCAGAAUCCAGAUAUUCCAGAAGAGAGCAGUGUCUAUGAGGGCAGACAAUGCUGCUCUUCCCAAUUAUAGCAGUUUCAAUCCUCUUUUAGGGGCCACUAUGCACCAACUAGACUCUUUGGCUCCCCGAUUCGAAAUUCAAGGGUCUCAGAUUGUGAUAUUGAACGACCCUGCGAUUUUUUACCAGACGCUCAAAAAGAAGAUUACCCGUGCCAAAUUCAGGGUCUUCCUCUCAUCGUUGUAUAUUGGCCGUUACCAGGAUGAUCUUAUAGACUGCAUCUCGAGGGCUAUGGACAAAAAUCCUAAGCUUAGAGUCGAAAUCUUGGUCGACUACCUCAGAUCCACCAGAGAUGCUCCAGGUGAUUCCACUGCAAGUUUGCUUGCCAGUUUGGCCAGUGAUUUCGGAGAUCGGAUCGACAUCCGCUUGUAUCACACGCCAAAAUUGCAUGGUUUGACUGAAAUGUUAAUGCCAAAGCGGUUUAACGAAGGCUUUGGGUUGCAGCAUAUGAAGAUUUAUGGGUUUGACAACGAGGUCAUGCUUAGUGGUGCGAAUCUCUCCGAGGAUUACUUCACAAAUCGCCAGGAUAGGUACUAUUUAUUCCACUCCAGGUCUAUUUCCGACUACUAUCAUGCCGUGCAGAAGGCAGUUGGCUCUUUGAGCUUCAAGCUUCUCCCUGCAAACAAUAAGCAGCGUUUCUUGUUGCAGUGGCCAACAUCCAAUGAGGCAUGCGAUCCGCUUGUGAAUGUAGAGAUGUUCAUUAAGGACUGCAACAGGGUGCUGCGUCCUGUUUUGAAAACGCAUUGUGGAACAAAGCCACUGCAAGCAGAUGCCGUGAAAAAUCCUGAUACGGUCGUCUAUGCUGUUUCCUCCUUUGUGCCGCUUUUAAAGCCCGACUUUUCCACCGAGAAGCCGGCAAUACUUCGCAUCAUGUCCUUUUUGGAGGACAAAAACUCAUCAUUCACUUUCACCGCCGGAUAUUUCAACAUGCACAAGGAUUUAUUAGAUAGGAUAUCGCAUUCCUUAGCAUCAGGGAGGAUUAUAACUGCUGCACCGCAGGCAAACUCGUUCUACCGCUCUAAAGGAGUUUCAAAAUAUGUUCCUGAUGCAUACUUGUACAAUGCCAAAAAGUUUAUCAGCAAGAUCACAAAGUUGCAUAAGCAGGAUCUCGUAAAGCUAUUGGAGUGGCAAAACGGUGUGAUACAUCAUCCAGGGGGGUGGUCUUAUCAUGCCAAGGGCAUCUGGGUGAAUCUGCCAAAUGAAAAAGAGCCCUCGAUUUCGGUUGUUGGUUCCUCGAAUUACACUAAAAGGGCUUAUUCGCUCGAUCUCGAGACAAACGCGGUGAUAAUCACCAAGAGCCCGGAUUUAAAGGGAAGAAUGAUGAAGGAAGUCGAUCAUCUUUGCCAGCAUACGAAUGAAUUGGCACUAGACGAUUUCAACAAGCCUGACAAGCACAUUGGUAUUGGUGUGAAGUUGGCAGCCACAAUGCUUGGUAAAAUGCUCUAA